UUAUUUUUCUCCUUGUCCUUAGUGCUCUUUCGGUUUCAUUUACGAAUCGGAGCAGCUGGAAGCCAAAUGCCCGCAAUGCCGGAAAUGUUUCUGCGUCCAGUGCAAACGCCAGUGGGAGCCCCAGCAUCAGGGUCUGACCUGCGAAGCGUUCCUGGAGUGGAAGCGAACCAACGACCCUGAAUACCAGGCGCAAGGCUUGGCAAUGUAUCUCCAAGAGAACGGUAUCGCUUGUCCCAAAUGCAAGUUCUCGUACGCCUUGGCUCGAGGGGGUUGCAUGCACUUCCAGUGUUCCCAGUGCAGGCACCAUUUCUGCAGUGGAUGUUACGGGACGUUUUAUGCCUCCAACAAAUGCCCGAUACCGCACUGCCCAAUCCGGCGGUCCCUCCACGGACACCACCCACGCGACUGCCUCUUCUACCUGCGGGACUGGGGCGUGCCACGUCUGCAGAAGCUCCUCCAGGAUAACGACGUUGCCUUCAACACAGACCCCCCAGCGGGGACCCGGGCCACUCCCGGAGGUGGAUGUCGGGUUAUGGAGCAGAAAGAAACCCUGGACGGCUUGAAGGAUGAACCGUGCAGCAAAGAGACUCCGGCCGGAUAUGCUGGCCUUUGCGAGGCGCACUACAAGGAAUACCUAGUCAGUCUGAUCAACAGUCAUGCUCUGGAUCCCGCCGUCUUCUACACCUUGCAGGAGGUGGAGAUCGUAUGCCGGAGACACCUCACGGCUGCCCAGCUGCUCCCCAGGGGACCGACGGAGGACGAGGAAGCAUAUCGCAGGCGCCUGAUCCAGGUUCUAAGGGACGAAGUUCCUCUUAACUUGGAGAUCUCACGGAGACGGAAAUAAACCGAGAAGGAGAAGCUGUGAGCUUCCAAGCGGAUGGAGAACAGAAGAAGACACGCUGUGUUUGGAGAAUUUCCGAUUGAUGGCUCUUGGUGGGGCCUCCUGAGAUGCAGUCUUAAAGCCAUCCCUACUCUCUAACCACUAGGUUGCAUUUAAGGGUUGUGUUGCUCUACACCUUGUUUCUUUCUUCUGUCUUGUGUGAUGCACAGCCAGAGGUGUCCUCGUUGUGACCGGUUGGAAUAAAGAUGUCCAACCAUGGCAGUUUUAAGACCUGUGGACUUCAACUCCUAGAAUUCCCCAGCCAGUGAAUUCUGGGGAACUCUGGGAAUUGAAGUCCACAAGUCUUAAAAAAGUUGCCAAGAUUCCUGAAAACAAAAUUUUUUAGAUUUUGUCCUAACAUUGUCAGCAAGUUUUUGAUUUUAAUCUUAACAGAUUUGUGGGGGCGGGAAAAAUUUACUGGUGAGCCGAAUAGAUGCUUUACUUCAAUUGAAAAUUUCUUGUUCCAUUUGUUCCUGCAGUUUUAAUUCCAUUUGUUCUUUCAGCCUGCAUGUCUCCUGGGAAAUGCAUUGGUCUGAAUAAAAUUUAUUUUGUUAAACGAGA